UUCUGUUAUUUGAGCAAGUUUCAGAUGAACUUUUGUCUUGGAUCUUGUAGUAUUUGUAUAUAUAUAUAUCCUAAAUGUUAUGUUGCUUUCAUGUUAUUUUUUUAAAUAAUGAAACCAUCAUUAUUGAAUGCAAGUAUAUUUCACACACUGUAGAGUUUAUAUAGGGUCUCAUUAACUUUAUAUAUUGUACUGUAUUGAAGCGCUUUGAACAUGGACUACUCCUCCUUAACAGAGCAGCUGCAGUGAGCUUUGUUACGAGUAGAGAUUACACUCCCGUCUCCUGCAGCCUCCUCCCAGACUCCUCUGCGUGCAUUGAAGCAAUUGGCACGUCCUUCAACAUGGCGUGCCUCGAUAGAUUUCCGGGUCCAAGUCCCGAAGGGGAGAAGGUGGAGAGAGGAGUCGAGGAGGGACCUUGGAUAAACCUUGUGUCACCGAUUGUUUUAUUUAUUUAUUUGUUGUUGUUUUCUGUUCAUAAUGCCCUCGGUUAAUGUAAUGAACAACGGUGUGAUGGUCCCGUUCUGAUGCCUUUGAAAAACCAGUUCAAUAAAGUUGCUCAACAAGGAGAAAAAAAAGAUAUAUUUGUCUGACGUCAUCAGCUUGUGCGCGCCGCAGGAAGCUGUCUCUCUGACGUCAUCAGAUUGCGCUCCGUCAGUAGAGGCUCGGUCAGCAGAGAUGGCGGACGCGCUGCACGUUGGGGUCAACCUGGACGCUUUCUCGCACGCGAUCAGCGGAAUACAAGCGCUGCGCUCGAGCGUUAGCCGCGUGUUCGAGUCCCUGAAAGACGGGAUGAAAAACCGCGAGACUUUGGAGGGCCGCGAGAAGAUCUUCAUAUCCGGUUUCCAGGAGCAGCUGCAGAGCGUGAACCGGGACCUGAAUGAGCUGGAGCGGCUCAGUGGUCUGGUCGGCCGUCCUUCAGAGUCUCAUCCUCUCCACAACAGUGGGCUCCUCAGUCUGGAUCCGGUCCAGGACAAAACCCCACUGUAUUCCCAGCUGCUGCAGGCCUACAAAUGGUCCAACAAGUUGCAGUAUCACGCUGGGUUGGCCUCCAGUUUGUUGAACCAACAAUCACUCAAACGAUCGGCCAAUCAGAUGGGUGCUUCAGCCAAGAGACGACCCAAAGUCCAACCUAGUACCCUGGUACUGCCUCCUCAGUAUGUGGAUGAUGUCAUCUCAAGGAUCGGCAGGAUGUUUCCUGAUCUGACCAUCGAGCUGUUCAGACCCAACGGGACGUCUGCUGUGCUGCUGGUGACUCUGGGGAAGGUGUUGAAGGCGAUCGUUGUGAUGCGUUCGCUGUUCAUUGACAGAACUGUUGUUCGAGGAUUCAAUGAGAACGUUUACAACGAGGACGGGAAGCUGGACAUCUGGACCAAGUCUCAGUACCAGGUGUUCCAGAAGGUAACGGACCACGCCACCACCGCCUUGCUACACUACCAGCUCCCCCAGAUGCCCGACGUGGUGGUACGAUCCUUCAUGACCUGGGUCCUGAGCUACAUAAAGCUGUUCCAGUCUCCCUGUCAGCGCUGUGGACGGUACCUGCAGGACGGACUCCCUCCCACCUGGAGAGACUUUAGGACUCUGGAGGCAUUUCACGACACUUGCCGCAUGUAGACACUUCCUGUUUCUGUUUUGUACGAAGAAGUUUCAAUAAAUUUGAGUUGUUUUUUUC